AUGUCCGCCAAUCCUGCUCCGGCAACUCCGGACCUAACACCACCAGCACCAACGUCUCCGAACCCAACCACCAGCCGCAAACGCGCUCGCCCAACAAAGUCAUGCUUCGAAUGUAGGCGCAAGAAGUUGAAGUGCGAUCGGUUACAGCCUUGUUUGCAAUGCAAGAAGCUGGGCCGAGAAGCAUUGUGCACCUACGCCCAUGGACCACCCGGGCCUCCAGAUUCUGAAAACGCGGAGAGAAGUCCGAAGAGACCAAAGGUUGAUGUCUCAAGACUCAAUUCGUGGGGAGGAGAAGCGGCCAGAGAUUUGAAUGCUCCUAUUGGGGGCUAUGUGGCGACCGCCCUUCCCAUGGAUUACAAGACUACAGUGCAAGAGUCUACCGAUAGAACGGACGAAAGCCAGUCCAAGACCUCGGGAAGACUCCAAGUCGAGGGAUCAAAAUCCCGGUAUAUUGGGCUUGGAGACCGGAUGACAUUGUUAGAUCACUUUCCAGAUGAAAAGGAAUUCAUUAUUGGAAGCUUCACUGAUGCUACAAUGGCGCCUAUUGUGAACGAAAUGACCAUCUUCCAAAGGGCUCUCCAUCGCAAGAUACAGCCCCUCGAUCGCUUAUUUGAAGACCGUACUGCACUGGUAGCAGAAAUGCUAAAAUCUCUCCCUGAAAACACCACCGUUGAAGCUCUCAAAGAAAGAUACUUGACCAAUAUGGAGACUGUGCUUAGAGUAGUACAUGUCCCCACCUUCAGAAGACAGUGUAGUGAGCUCCAAAGUUUUCGAACUGCUCAUAAUUCGACCCUUCCGUCCACGGUCCCAGAAUCUGUUCUGGCUCAGUUACUGGCUAUCAUCUCAAUUGCCAGCCGCCUGAUCGAUUCAAAGGAUUUGAAAACCUCAGAGCAGGCUAUUUCGGAAGAACGGGUCACGACUUACCUCACCCUUAUCCCGAAAUGGUUGGACAGUUUGAAGAGUAAGGAGCGUUUGACCAUCGAUUCGCUACGUGUUGAGACACUUCUUCUGAUGGCGAGAUUCGCUAAUAUGGCCACUUUACUCAAUCUCUGGAAAGAGUCUGGGGGUCUCGUUCGCGCGGCAAUGGCUAUGGGUCUUCAUCGAGAUCCUGAGCAUUCUUCUGAUUUGUCGCCUUUCGCAAAAGAACAGCGGCGAAAACUUUGGCAAACAAUCGUGGAGUUGGACCUUCAGUUUUCUCUUGCUACUGGGAUGCCCUGCGCUGUUCAGUCGUCAGAUAUCGGCUCCAGAACACUGCUCCUCGUCAAUGAUGACGACCUUGUGGAAGAUAUGCCCAAUUAUCCCGUGGAAAGGCCCUUGGAUGCGUGGUGUGAUGCUCUACCUCAAAACCUUUUAGCCUCGGCCAUGAAACCCCGCCUAGAUGCUACAAACUUGCUGGCGAGGGAUAUCGACUUCAACGCAGACAUUGAUCGCAUCCUUUUCCUUGCCAAAUACCUCGAGCUUGGUAUGCGCUCCAUCCAGGCGCGCUUACCACAACAACCGAAGAUGAAACAGCGAUUACUCUCGGACAUAAUGUUGGACGUACAUUUACGAAGGCCUGCAAUAGCUUUGUAUCAAACAGUGGCGUUGAGCGACCAAGCCUCACGUCAUCCGGAAGCUAGAAAAGGUGUUCUAAGGAAUUCAGUCGCGAUUCUUACUCAUCUCGAUGCUCUAGAUCCAGCCAUCGCGGAUCUGGACACUAUCCAGUCGAAAGAUUACUUGAACUUCUUCCAUAUUUUGUUUCGGGAUGAUAUAAUUAAAUCUUCGAUACUACUAUGCUACGAAAUUCGCGCCUUCUACUUACCAGUAAUCAAUUCCCCACCUGUUGAUCCGGCUCUUUUGGAUAACUCAGAAGAAUCUAUUCCGUGGACGAAACAUAGCCUUACAAGGAUCGUCGAAAGCACCCUCAACAGUUACCUGCAACGACUAGGAGAAUUUGGGACCGACCUCAAAAUCAUUUUGCCAUUAUCUAUACUUCUUCAAUCUGUUAGGUUUGACGGUACCCCGGAAGGAAAACGAGAUUUGAUGAUUAAAGGAUCAGAACGUGUUCUUCAGGCAUGCCGAAAGGCCAUACCUCUUCCUAGGGCGCAAGAUGCCCAACCGCAAAACGGAACCGCUCCGAAUACACAAACACCACCACUAUCAAAUAUGCCAACUGGUGAGAGCUGGAACCCUCAUCAAGGGUUUGGCAUUGUGAUGCAGCUUCCAUACGAAAAUGGAAUCCCUCAGCCUAUUGGCAAUGGGGACUUCAAUCCUAAUGUGAAUGGAGCUGGCGCUUUCCCAAACUUCGAAUUGGGAUUUUCGGAUUGGGAUCUUAUGGACCAGUCAUGGUUUGGAAGUUAUUAA